ACUUAUCUGCAGACUUGUAGGCAGCAACUCACCCUCACUCAGAGGUCUUCUGGUUCUGGAAACAACUCUAGCUCAGCCUUCUCCGCCAUGAGCCUCAGACUUGAUACCACCCCUUCCUGUAACAGUGCGAGACCACUUCAUGCCUUGCAGGUGCUGCUGCUUCUGUCGUUGCUGCUGACUGCUCUGGCUUCCUCCACCAAAAGACAAACUAAGAGAAACUUGGCGAAAGGCAAAGAGGAAAGUCUAGACAGUGAGUUGUAUGCUGAACUCCGCUGCAUGUGUAUAAAGACAACCUCUGGAAUUCAUCCCAAAAACAUCCAAAGUUUGGAAGUGAUCGGGAAAGGAACCCACUGCAACCAAGUCGAAGUGAUAGCCACACUGAAGGAUGGGAGGAAAAUCUGCCUGGACCCAGAUGCUCCCAGAAUCAAGAAAAUUGUACAGAAAAAAUUGGCAGGUGAUGAAUCUGCUGAUUAAUUUGUUCUGUUUCUGCCAAACUUCUUUAACUCCAGGAAGGGUAGAAUUUUGAAACCUUGAUUUUCUAGAGUUCUCAUUUAUUCAGGAUACCUAUUCUUACUGUAUUAAAAUUUGGAUAUGUGUUUCAUUCUGUCUCAAAAAUCACAUUUUAUUCUGAGAAGGUUGGUUAAAAGAUGGCAGAAAUAAGAUGAAAAUAAAUAAGCCUGGUUUCAACCCUCUAAUUCUUGGCUAAACAUUGGACUGUACUUUGCAUUUUUUUUCUUUAAAAAUUUCUAUUCUAACACAACUUGGUUGAUUUUUCCUGGUCUACUUUAUGGUUAUUAGACAUACUCAUGGGUAUUAUUAGAUUUCAUAAUGGUCAAUGAUAAUAGGAAUUACAUGGAGCCCAACAGAGAAUAUUUGCUCAAUACAUUUUUGUUAAUAUAUUUAGGAACUUAAUAGAGUCUCUCAGUGUCUUAGUCCUAGGAUGUCUUAUUUAAAAUACUCCCUGAAAGUUUAUUCUGAUGUUUAUUUUAGCCAUCAAACACUAAAAUAAUAAAUUGGUGAAUAUGAGUCUUAUAAACUGUGGUUAGCUGGUUUAAAGUGAAUAUAUUUGCCACUAGUAGAACAAAAAUAGAUGAUGAAAAUGAAUUAACAUAUCUACAUAGUUAUAAUUCUAUCAUUAGAAUAAGCCUUAUAAAUAAGUACAAUAUAGGACUUCAACCUUACUAGACUCCUAAUUCUAAAUUCUACUUUUUUCAUCAACAUAACUUUCAUUCAUUUUUUAAACCCUAAAAUUUAUACCCACACUAAUCUUACAAAAAUAUUCACAUGAAAUAAAAAUUUGCUAUUGA